CUUUCUCUUUCUCUCUCUCUCUCACACACACAAACACAUGCACUCAAUAUUCUUAUAUAUCACCAAAGAACCGAACCAUAUAUCACCAAAUUGCCUUUCUCCCACACCAAACAUUGUUCACUAUGACAGAUCCUCACUCCAAUUUAUUCCAUGAAUGGUUCAACUUCAUGCUCCUUCACCCUCACUACUAUUCUUCUUCCCAACCCUACCCUCUUGGUAAUUACUCAAACAACAGGUUUGGAAUUCAAUUACAUGAAGCCUCAUCGUCCUCUUAUGCAGCUCCUCCUCCUCCUUCUCCUCCUCUAAGAGAGGCCCUUCCUCUCAUAAACAAGAUAAGCCUCCCAAAUCAGCAGCAAAAUGAACCCUCAAACAUUAUAGAAGCUGAGAACAACAAAGAUGAGAGUCUCUUGCAAUUGACUGCUACUGCUGAAGAAGGUGAUGAUGAAACUGUGACAGUUGCCCUACACAUAGGGCUUCCAAGAAUGGAUACUUCUUCUUCUGAUCUGGGCUCAUCAAGGGUGGUCUCAACUUGUAUGGAAAUGGGUGAAAAAGAGGAAGUAAACAUCAUUUCUGAACAACCUUUGGAUAGAUUGAACAAGGGUCAGUAUUGGAUUCCCACCCCUUCUCAAAUUCUCAUUGGUCCUACACAGUUCCCAUGUCCUGUGUGCUCUAAAACUUUCAACAGAUACAAUAAUCUUCAGAUGCAUAUGUGGGGACAUGGAUCUCAAUACAGAAAGGGGCCUGAUUCUCUGAAAGGAACACAACCAACAGCUAUGCUAAGGCUUCCAUGCUUUUGUUGUGCACCAGGUUGCAAGCACAACAUUGACCACCCAAGAGCAAGGCCUCUCAAGGAUUUCAGAACCCUUCAAACACAUUAUAAGAGAAAGCAUGGCAUAAAACCCUACAUGUGUAGAAAAUGUAGCAAAGCAUUUGCAGUGAAAGGUGAUUGGAGGACACAUGAGAAGAACUGUGGCAAAGUAUGGUAUUGUUUAUGUGGGUCUGAUUUCAAGCACAAGAGGUCCCUAAAAGACCACAUCAAAGCCUUUGGUUAUGGUCACGGGGCUUUUGGCAUUGAUUGCUUGCAAGAAGAAGAUGAAGCUGCCUCCGAAAUUGAACAUGAUGGGGAAAGUUCAUUGUGA